AUGGCCUUUCCGUCGUUCGGUGGCUUCAAUUCAUCAACACAAUCCCAACAGCCGACAUUUGGCUUCGCCUCGACUCAAUCAUCCUUUAGUUUUGGCGCCCAACAACCUCAACAGCCAACCUUUGGCGCAUUUGGUCAAGGCGGACAGGGAGGCGUGCAAGGGGGAUUUGGUUUUGGACAAUCGACCGCACCUACCUUUGGUGGGGGCGCGUUUGGAGCGGGUAGUAAGACUCAAGGAACUGGAUAUGGGUUUGGAGGACUACAGGGACAACAGGGACAGCAAGCACAGACUCAGGGUACAUAUGGUUUCGGUGGUGGGUUUCAAGCGAACACGACUGCGGCUCCCGCGUUUAAUGCGUUCGGGCAAACUCGAACUACGACUCCAGCCUUUGGUGGAUUUGGAGGAUACGGUAAUACAAAUACAAAGCCGACAACGUCAUUUACAUUUAAUCAACAAUCACAACAGCCGCUAGGAAUGUUUGGGGCUCAGCAGACUCAAAGCGCGUUCACAGGUUAUGGAGGUGCAGCAGCAACAACAAGUGCACCGACGUUUGGAGGGUUUGGUGGAUUCGGUGGAUCGUCAGCAAGCGUAGGAGCGGGCUUAUCAGGUGGAUUUGGAGGAUAUGGCGGGUUUGGCGCAAGUACAUCCACAGCUUCUGGUAGUGCGUUCCCAUCCGCGUUUGGUCAAACAACCGCAGCUACGACCUUUUCGUUUAAUCCAACCCAAUCGAGUGGAUUGGCUCCUGCCUCUUCGGCCUUUUCGUUCAAUACACCUGGACUUGGUUUUGGGGGCGCCGGUGCAUUUGGAAACAAGUCUGGGUUUGGGGUAGGAUCCGGUUUUGGUCAGAAUAGGACUACUGGAACUUUUGGGAUGGGUGUUCAACAACCACAGACUGUAUAUGAACAACUUCGAUCAAUAAUUAAUUCAUGGGAUCCCAAAAAUCCCGAGUCCAAGUUCCAAACAUAUCUCUAUAAUAUGGUCCAUCCAAAUGAAGCUGCUCAACAUAUUCCGCCGACAGAUAGACCACGAAAACUAUGGGACGAAGCGCAAGCAAACAAUCCCGAUAGGACAUGUUUAGUUCCCGCCUUAAUGACAAAUUUUGAAGACUUACAAAAACGUUUAGCACAUCAAGAAUCUGCAGCAACAACUUGUAAAGCUACUAUUGAUAAAUUGGGCAAAGAAAUCGAUCAAAUGGAAGAAACACAUAAUUUACAGACAUUAAUCACUUUGGAGAAUUAUAAGCGGAAGUAUAUGCAACUCACACAACGGAUUAUAUCGCUUCAACUAAAACACCUUCGGAACACGCCAGUCUCAGUUGAAGAACAACAGCUCCAAGCAGAAGUCGAGAAGCUCAAUCACGACCUCAAAGGCCCAAGUCAGAAAGUGUCACAGCUGAAGAUGCAGUGUAGUAUCAUGAAAACACAGAUGAUGCCGAGUGGUGGAAUCAAGCAGAAAUACGAAGUUGUUGAUGAGAGAGAGAUGGAAGCACUCGUUAAGGUGCUCACUGAGGAACAAACAGGCAUUGCCCAUGUAAUUGAAACAGUGCAAAAGGACUUGGAUGAUGUUCAAAAAAUGAGCAAUGAGUUGAUAGGAGAGCAGAUGGGAACAAAUAUGAUUACGGACAAUGUCAGUAGAUAG